AUGGCGGCGGGCAGUGUAGACAUGGCGGCGGGCAGUGUAGACAUGGCGGCGGGCACAGCAGGUCCCGACGUGUUCAAAGUGUUCGAGAGUCACACGUGCUAUCUGGAGAGUGUAAAUGGGAUGCGGCCACGGCCAGUGGCUGGUCUGCUCCUGUGCGUCUCACACUUGGCUUCCCCGCUGUGCCUGCCCAGCCCUACCCCGUGGGCAGCCGGGGACUGUGCACUGCGCGUCUCGAUGCUCAUGUGUGCCCGCCUGAAGCCCACGCUGCGCGGCCUGCAUUGCCGGUACUGCAGGACGCGCGCCGCCCAUGAGCCCCAGAGCGCCCCCCGCAGGCAGUGCCGGCACUGCCUGCGGGGGGCGCUCUGGGGCUCAUGGGCGGCGCGCGUCCUGCAGUGCCGGCACUGCCUGCGGGGGGCGCUCUGGGGCUCAUGGGCGGCGCGCGUCCUGCAGUGCCGGCACUGCCUGCGGGGGGCGCUCUGGGGCUCAUGGGCGGCGCGCGUCCUGCAGUGCCGGCACUGCCUGCGGGGGGCGCUCUGGGGCUCAUGGGCGGCGCGCGUCCUGCAGUGCCGGCACUGCCUGCGGGGGGCGCUCUGGGGCUCAUGGGCGGCGCGCGUCCUGCAGUGCCGGCACUGCCUGCGGGGGGCGCUCUGGGGCUCAUGGGCGGCGCGCGUCCUGCAGUGCCGGCACUGCCUGCGGGGGGCGCUCUGGGGCUCAUGGGCGGCGCGCGUCCUGCAGUGCCGGCACUGCCUGCGGGGGGCGCUCUGGGGCUCAUGGGCGGCGCGCGUCCUGCAGUGCCGGCACUGCCUGCGGGGGGCGCUCUGGGGCUCAUGGGCGGCGCGCGUCCUGCAGUGCCGGCACUGCAGGACGCGCGCCGCCGCGCGCAAAGAAGUCCAGCCCAGGGCACCAGGGACAGACCCCUCGCCAGCCACUCUGCAGCCCCCAGCACGGGCCCCCCUCAGCUUCCUGAAAUGUGAGAGCCCAGCCUGUGAAGAAAGAGAAUCGACUUGGAAAUCAGGAAGGCACCAAGAUGACCCUGAUCUCUGCCUUCUGAAAGUGACGUGGGUGCUGCUCCUCUGGGUACACGGCAUCGCCCUGACCACAGCUCCCAGGACCACGGCUCCCAGGCCCAUGGCUCCCAGGACCACGGCUCCCAAAACCACAGUUCCCAGACCCACAGCUUCCAGGACUACAGCUUCCAUGACCACAGCUCCUCUGACCUUGGAGCAAGUGAUGCUGACUCAUCGGGCUGUGGAGGCUAAGACAGCAAGUCGAUACUGGAUUAACUACAUGGAUUAAGAACUCAACUGUGGUAUCAUAACUAGAUUAAAAAGAUGAAGAAAUGUUGAAACUCCCCAAGAAACAAUGGAAAGGCAGCUUUCUUUUUCUCUAAUUCAAAGUUAUGAUAAGCAAUGAGGGC